UCGUCGAGAAAAUUUCUCCUUUCAUUUUCCCGAGAAAAACAGGAAACCCUAAUUUCAGAAACGCAAUGAACCUUCUCGGCUUCCUCCUUCUACGUCCGUCCUGACGCUGCCGCUUCGUUUCGCCGAGAUCCGGCGCAUUCUCCAGCGGCGACCCGACCGGCGGGAGAUUUCCGGCGGCAUUGAAUCGGACAUUCGACAGUGAUCAUCACAGGUAUGGACCAAUAUGACUUACAUGCUCAGAGAAGGGAAAUGAAGCACAAAGGAAGAAAUGUUGUAUGGUCCAUUGCAAUGGACAAAUGUCUAAUUGAAUCUCUUGCUAUUCAGGCAAGAAAUGGGAAUAAAAUAGAUAAAUGCUUCAAUGAGAACGCCUAUACUGCUGCUUGUGUUGCUGUGAACUCUCGUUUUAAUUUGAACUUGAAUAACCAAAAAGUAAUUAAUCGCCUCAAGACAAUUAAGAAAAGGUAUAAAGUGAUGAGAGAUUUGCUUAGCCAAGAUGGGUUCAUAUGGAAUCCCAACACAAAGAUGAUUGAGUGCGAAGAUGAUGAUCUUUGGAAAAGAUAUAUUGCAGCACACCCGGAUGGAAGAGUAUUUCGAGGAAAGCAGAUCGAGAUGUAUGAUGAACUAAAAAUUGUUUGUGGGAACUAUCAAGCUCCUAGUCGUUGGGCUAAGAUGAAGGAAGAAAGCUAUGCGAGUGAUUUGAAGAAUUGUGAAGAAAAUUCUCCCUCAUUUCUUUCACCAAGUUCAGAAGAACCUAGCGAGACAGAUGGAACAGAGUCAUACAGAAUCUCCGCAUAUGUGCAAGAUGGGAAUCCUGAUCCUCCUCCUUUUGCCCAGCCACUCAGAAAGCAUCUGAAACGAGCUCGGAGCUCAGAGACAGUUGAAGAGGCAUUGCUGACAGUUGCGUCAAGCAUUCAGCGUUUAGCCGAUGCAAUGGAUCGAAACAAAAAUGCAAUUGAUGCCUCAGAACUGUUGCAGGCUGUGAUGGAGAUUGAUGGGUUGGACGAAGGGAAACAAAUGUAUGCCUUUGAGCAUUUAAAUGCCGAUCCUAUCAAAGCUAGAGCGUUCAUGGCAUAUAAUGCUCGUAUGCGGAAGAUCUAUUUAUACAGACAAUUUUGGUGUUGGAAAUGAUACCCAACCUUUACCCUUGCCUUGGUUCAGAGUUCAUGGGACGAUGAAGCCUAUUGGAUUUUCUUUUUCUUGGAGGCUGAAAGCCUACUGGAAUUCCAUGAAUCUGAAUUUGGCGUGCUUGGUGGAGAUUGUAUAGUAAUUAGGUUAACUAGUGGGUGAACAUGUGUAAAAAAUGCACAUUUUGCUUGCCUCUGCAGCCUAUUUUCUUUGUGAAGGUUGCAGUAGGUGUAGAGAUCCUUUGUGUUUUCUUUACAAGUUUGUAUGUGGUUUUCUGCUCCUUCUUCCAAAUACCACAUCUCUUUUUGCA